AUUAACUGUUCUUCUUGCGGAAACGCGUUUGUUUGGAUGACAACACCAGUGACGAUCACGAUGUGGAUAAUACCUUUGGAUUGAACCAACGGAAUGCAUACAAAGCGUAGUUUUUUUUUCUGUCAGUAGCUUCGCUUCUCCAACUUUAUAAUCUGCCUCCGGGGUCAUGGAUAAAACGAUGUUCCAGCUGAGGCUGUUCGUUCACCAGCGGAUGUACACGGCAGCUGAGGAAAUCCUCGUACAAUUUGAAAAAACUAUCAUGCUAGCUUUCUCAGAAGCCGAAGGCGGCUGGUUGAAAACGGGGUUUGAAGGAUGUUCAUUGGCCAGUUCUUCCUCAGAGCCGGCAGGUGAAGUGGAUGCGUCGGUGCUGCAGGAAAACCAAGAUUCCAGCUUAACUGAGCAGUCAGACUUCAGUCUGGAUCCUGAAGUUCCAGGACCCUCACAGCCUUGUGCUGAUUUGGACUACGAUGGCUGGAAUUUAGUUGAAACAGGUUUUGUGAAAUCUGAGAUAAAAGAGGAGCAAGGAGAUGUUGUGGAAGAAAUCCAAACACCUAAGAUUGUUGUAGCUCCACGUGACCAGAAGCAGGAGGAGAGGAUGAACGACGCUGGAGAAGCUGGUCUCCGGAACGAUGGAGCAGAAGUAUCAGGUGUAGAUGGUUCUGUUAAAAGACAACCAGAUCGUCAUUUCUGUCAUUUGUGUGGCAAAUCAUUUCUGUACGCUGGUGCUUUGAUGAGGCACACAGCAAAACACGAAAGCAAAACGGAUUGCGGCAUAUGCGGUUUGAAACGCCAAUCAACGAAAAGGCUGAUCGCUCAUUUGAAAAGUUUCCACAGCACCUCCGUCUUCUGUGACAUCUGCGGACGAAUUUACAGCCAUAAAAAUAGUCUCAAAACACACAAAAUAAAACACACAGGAAACAAAGAUUUUGUGUGCCAAGAGUGUGGGAAAAGUUUUUUCCUUAGAGCUCAUCUGGUGGCUCACGUGAGGACGCACUCUGGUGACAAACCCUUUAAAUGUAACAUCUGUGGGAAAACUUUCACUCAGGGCCAGACCCUCCUGGCCCACAAAAGAGGUCACCGGGGAGAAAAGCCCUACGGUUGUGUUUUCUGUGGCAAACGCUUUGUAACGAGCAGUAGUUUAAACAAACACGUGCGGUUCCACACAGGAGAAAAGCCCUACCCAUGCAACAUUUGUGGUCGAACGUUUCGAGCUAAUGGACAAAUGACUCGUCAUAGAGCGACGCAUUUAUCAGAGAAGCCUUAAGCCUGCCUUGUUGGAGGAAUUGCUGCUGAUUUAAAGGAUGCAGGAGAAAUCACAAAACCGAAAAGAUAACCAGAUGAGCGUCAAGCUACAGGGUGGAUUAAGCUACUGGGUGACUUCCUUAACUCAUUCAGUGCCUUUAGUCGUCAUUUGCAUUUAUUAACUGUUUGGGCAUCGGAACAAGCCCCCACGCCGAGAGAACAAACAUCUCAGCUCUAAAGCCGAUCUUCAUCCGCGUACGUUACACGUCACAUGAUCAGGAAGCAGAAAACCCAUGUGUUAGGAGAUCGUUUUGGGCUGUUCCUGUAAAAAAAUGUGAGGCGCAAACCGGAAAAGUGUCUGCCCAUCACAAUUCGACAACGGAUUAUGAAAGAACGGAUAACGCUCGAAACACGCAGAUUCUUCCUGAUGUAAGAGGUCAGUCUCUGCUUUGUUUUGGCGUCAACGUCAUCCUCGCGCGCAACGUUCUGUGACUCUUAAAAAAACAGUAAAAACAGCGAGAAACGCUGGCAGCGAAGGGCUUUAUCGAUCAGGAAGCAGCUGGCAGCGAAUGAGUUAAAGAGGGACUGCACACCAUCAGAAAACGUAACUUAACCCCUUGUCAAGAUUUUAAAAAUGCUAUGAAAGUGGGAGAGAUUCCUGUUUGGCUAACUGGUUAGCGUGUGUGAUUAUCACUUAGGAGUAAGGGGAUCGAAUCCUGUUUGGGCUGCGCAGUGGUUAGAGCCUUGCAGCGAGAAGGUCCUGGGUUCGAUUCCCGGCCUGGGAUCUUUCUGUAUGGAGUUUGCAUGUUCUCCCUGUGCAUGCAUGGGUUCUCUCCGGGUACUCCGGCUUCCUCCCACAGUCCAAAAACAUGACUGUUAGGUUGAUUGGUCUGUCUAAAUUGUCCUUAGGUGUGAGUGUGUGUGCAUGGUUGUUUGUCCUGUGUGUCUCUGUGUAGCCCUGCGAUGGACUGGCUCUCUGUCCAGGGUGUACCACCUACUUGCCCAUUGACUGCUCGCGAUAGGCACCAGCCCCCCCCCCCCAACCGCAACCCUGCGUGGACAAAGCGGGUUCAGAAGAUGGAUAGAUGGUAUGAAAGUGGGCAUUGCCAGGAGGCACAGAGUGGCAUGGCCAAGUGCGGGAAAUUUCCAUCCUGGGAGGGAGGGGGAGUGGGAGGAGACUACCGAUGAUGUGAAAUAGUACCAGCCCCAGUCACUCACAAGUUUAAAAUGCUGUAGCCGUUGUUCUGCCACAAGGGGCAGCACUAAGAUGUUUUUAGACCUAGAUUCUGAUUUAAUCAAGUUUACACAAACAUGUCAAAAAUGCACAGAAACAGAAAGAUUGCAUUUGUAAAGACUCAAUUAUACAGUUUAUAAACAAAAAAUGUUACUUUGGGGUUUAGUUUCUCUUUAAAAGGCAACAUUACACAAAAGGAAAAGAAGAUUCACCUCCUGAGUUUUGUUCUGAUAAGUUUAGUUCCUUAGUAAUAAAAAUGAGCUUGGACAAGACUUACAACAUGUCUUACAAAUAAAGUAAUUUGUAGUAAAGUUAGAAAAAACUUGGUUCUGAAUGAGUCUGGGAUAGAAACAGACCCAACAGCACGAGAGUUGUGUGGCUAAAAGUGCUUUUUCUGGUCUAAAUGUAAUAUAUGGUAUAUCUUUACAUUUCUGUGGUACAAGUUGGAGGACAGUGCUCAUAUUGUUUAAUUUGCUGACUUUGAUCCACUUUCUGUGGUGAUUUCAUGUGUUUGAGUCGUUUUUUCAUGCUUGAAUCAAAAAUCCUGUUUCAUAAUAAAUUGUAUUAUUAUUCUG